AAAUCGCAACUUCGCAAGCAAGCAAAGCAAAAAGCAAAUUCAAGCAAUGUUGUUGAAAAUUGUGAAUGCAAAGCAAGACAAUUUUUAAUUUUGUUCGACGUGAAAACAAUUUUUUAUUAUAAGUACGACCACUACGGUGAAACCGUUUAUGGAAAUAGUGUAUUUAUGGGUAUUCAUUGAUACGUAUCCAAAUAUUUUGAGUAGUUUUAGUCAUGUGUAUUGAAGUGUUUACGGCGACGACAUUCGACAGCUAUAUUGUGUCUUUAUUGGAAAUAUGGCCUUUUAUAAUGCCGGUAAAGUCGUAGAUAUAAAUAACUCACCUGAGGAAACCGAUGAUACAAAUAUUACGGACGAUCUAACAAUAAUACCAUUAGAAAAAGACAGUUUCGCAAUAUGCGAAUUGUGUGGUCGAGUUGGUCGUCGGGGACAAUUCUACCCAAGAAACAAUAAGUUUUGUUCGCUUAGAUGCCAAGCGAGUUUUUCUAGAAAAAGAAAUUGUAAUUGGAGGUUCAGAUUGAUGGAAGGAGCCGAACACAUGGCGGAUAUGAUUCCGUUGGAGCCUCUGCCUCAGCUGCAGCACUGGCAGGCCACCAUAAAUGACUUACAGCCCGGGCCAAUAAAACAGUCAGCUGCUUUAGUAGCUAAUAGUUAUGAAUGGAAGGAUGAGUUGUUUGGUUGUGAUUUCCUGGCAGCACCAGUCAGCCUUUUCAAACAUGCACCCCUUCAUGAAAUGUGGGACAGCACAUUUGAAGGCAUGAAAGUAGAAGUUAAGAACACAGACUGCGAAAACUAUUCUGAGAAACUAAGUGACUAUUUUUGGGUAGCUACAGUAUUGAAAGUAAAAGGUUACAUGGGCUUAUUGCGCUAUGAAGGCUUUGGCAGUGAUGAUUCUAAAGACUUUUGGGUUAAUCUGUGCUGUUCAGAAGUGCAUCCAGUGGGGUGGUGUGCGACUAGAGGCAAGCCACUUAUACCUCCUCGCAGUAUUGAGGAUAAAUAUACUGAUUGGAAAAAGUUUCUUGUGAAGCAGCUAACAGGGGCACGUACACUACCUGCCAAUUUCUACACUAAGUUAAAUGAUAGUCUUGCAUCUAGGUUUUCUAUUGGUUCCAUUAUGGAAGUUGUUGAUAAGAAUAGGAUCUCUCAAGUUAAGGUAGCUACUGUGUGUGAAAUUGUAGGAAAACGUUUACAUGUAAAAUAUUAUGAUAGUUCGCCAGAAGACAAUGGUUUCUGGUGUCAUGAGGACUCGCCGCUCAUACAUCCUGUUGGCUGGGCUUUUAGAAUUGGACAUCCCUUAGAUGCUCCUCAGAGUUACUGCCAAAGAGUAGCUGCGGGACGGCUCAUACCAAAUGACUCAACACCAGAAAUGUUUUAUAAAUAUCCGAGCAAUGAGCCUCCAUUGUUCUCAGAGGGGAUGAAGCUUGAAGCCAUAGAUCCUCUCAACUUGUCAGCCGUUUGUGCCGCAACUGUGAUGCAGAUAUUGAAUGAAGGAUACAUGAUGAUCAGGAUAGACUGCUAUCCGGCAGAUGCGUCGGGCGCCGACUGGUUUUGCUACCAUCAGAGAUCGCCGUGCAUAUUUCCUGUUGGAUUUGCCUUAGCUAACAAUAUUCCACUUGUGCCUCCUGCUGGGAUUACAAUGGAGGAGUUCAGUUGGGAGCAAUACCUGUCAGUGUGUGGUGGUCAGGCGGCUGACCGGUCGUUGUUCGCGGCGCGAGGUCACGUGGUGUCUCACGGUUUCGUGGCCGGCAUGCGGUUAGAAUGCGCCGAUCUCAUGGACCCCAGGCUUGUUUGUGUGGCAACUGUUGCUAGAGUUGUUGCUGAUUUACUUAAGGUCCACUUCGACGGCUGGGGUAUGGAAUACGACCAAUGGCUCUGGGCGCAUAGUACGGACGUGUACCCGGUAGGCUGGUGCCGCGCGGUAGGACAUCGGCUAGAAGGGCCCCUGCAGCCGCCGCCGAGGCCGCCGCGCAAACACCCACCUAAGCAACCGAGACGACGACGGAAGCAACAAGGUUCAAAAGUGACAUCACAACCGCCAAACACAACAGAAGAUAGUUCACAAAACUCCGACAUGGGUGAUACGAAGAGUCUUUCUCCCCCUACAAGCGUGUCUGAAGUUUCAGCCGACGCGGAACCGCGCGCUGAAACUGUAUCGACGCCUACGAAAAUGGAUGUUGAUGCUGAGUCCAAGGAUAGUUCUGAACCGUCUGAGGAACGACUCCCUACAGAGGCAAAGCCUGAUAGUCCUAAUACUCUUACAGACAUAUCUCAAGAUUCAAGCCAGAACUUAGCGCAGCUUUCCCCCGUAGUUUCCAUGGAAGAUUCGGACACCGACAAGGUGAUACCUAGACUAGUCAAUACCUCCGUGCCCUUAGAUGUCCUCAAUUCUGUUGACCCUGAAAACUGGUCGACAGCAGAUGUAGCAAAGUUCCUCACCGUCAAUGAUUGCCAACCUUAUUGUAUUAACUUCACCAAUAUAACAGGCCCCAUGAUGCUCCAGUUAACAAAAGAUGAAAUCAUCGAAUUAUUAGAAAUGAAAGUAGGUCCGUCGUUAAAAAUCUUCGACUUGAUACAACAGUUGAAAUGUAAAAUAAAACAACCUCAAUGUAGAUUGCUAAGUAGUUUUAAAUAGUGUUUAUUUGAAUAAGCUCCCUCACUCCACGUUUGUAAUGGGUUAUUCCCAUCGGGUCGUUGGUCCUGUGAACUCCUGUGUAAUAAUUUAUGUAAUCAAUUUUGUUUAAACAUUUGGUUGCUAAAUUGGCUGAUUAGAGCAUCUGAGUGUGUGAAUGUCGAUCAUAGGUAGAAAAAUUAGCCUUAUAGACCGUGAGUCAACAAUUGUCACAAUUUUGAAUCACAUAAGACUUUAACAAUGAUUUUCAAACAUCACACAUUUAUAAGAAAGUGAUAGUCUAUGAAUUAAUUUAAUGUUAUGGAUAAGUCUUGUUUAAAAUCACAAUCGUCAUGAAUUAGUAUUGGACUACAGAUUGAAAAGUAAACUAUAAUGAUUGCUAAUCGUAAAUUAUCAAAUAUUUAAAUUAAACAUAUGACAAAAGUUUUCAGAAUCAUCGAAAUUUGUACUAGAACGUAUAUUAUAAGUAUUUUUUCUCUUUUUACUCAACUUUCAAACUUUUUUCUUGAUUUUUACAAACGUGCAGCGAUGUAGCUUUUAAAACUUCUGGUCGGUCGAAUCCGGAUAGUAAUACUAUCAAGUAAACCUUUACACAUGGAUUCAACUAUAUAUUUAUGAAAUAGAAAUAGUAAGUACAUGAAUCUACUCUCCCGCCUAUAUUUUGGUAUAGCAUAAUGGCCGAUAAUUUUUUGUAAACAUAUUUUGGGCAGUCACUAAUGUUUGAUAUCAGCUUUGUGUGUGUAUGACGAGUUUUCCUCUAUAUUCGUCACUACAUAUUUUUUGUAUAUUUCUUGAUAAUAUUCAUUUAAAAAGCGUGAGUGGCUUUGUAAUUUCACUGAACUUGUUUUAGCACGGGUGCAAAAUAUUUUGUCAGGUUCCGAGUUAUCAAAAAAUGAUAUGAUUUCUGCAAUGCAUUGGUCCUUAUUGGACUAAGCUAUUAUGACUAAGAAAAUGUUCGUAUAUUAUUAUCAGACUUGAAUAUACGUAGGACAUUCGAAAUAAUUAAUCAUCUCGAAUAUUAUGACAAAUUCAUUAAGUCUUUUCUAGUUUACAGUAACUGCAUUAAAAUGAGAUACCUAUAUCAAUUAAUGAUAUGUCCAAAAUGUGUCAUUUAUAUGCUGUCUCAACCGUUAUUUUAGUGUAAAAAUUUUGUCUUAGAUAUGAGAGCACAUGGAUAGCGCUCAUUUGAAAGAUAAUAAAUAUGUAUUCGGUUUCAGUUUUUUACUGACAGUGAAUAAUUUUAUAUUAUGAUCCACUUUUUGAUGUGUUGUGUGCAAAUAAAAUGAUCUCAGAAAGAACCACACUUUUGGAUCCUAUUCAAAUUAAGCAAUGCUUGCCGUCAUGUAUUCUUAAGCUUUCCAGGCAAACUUUGUUGAAAAUAAUUGAUUAUGAUUUAAUUGAAAUUAAGAAGAAAACUGAUUAUUUUACUGGGUGGAAUAAUAUAGCCUUUAUCUGAGAAAGCUCCGCGAACUUCUUAUAUGUAUAGUAAUUAUACACAACGCUACUGUAUAUUUUUAUAAGAGUUAUAAAUAGAUAUGUGUUGUCUACAUAAUAUAUUUGUGUAUAUGAUAUAACCCUGCCCCAAUCUUGAAAUUACAACCAAAGCAAUUUACAAUACCUUGACACCAAUCACUUGAUGUGUUUUCAAUGAGAUAAAUUAUAUUAAAUCAGUAGUUUAUAAAUCAGUAUUUUGUAAUGUUAAAUCAUGGAUUUAGUAUAGUGACCUGUGUUCCAUACACGUGUAUACGUGUGACAUACAUACUGAGAAAGGGAAAUGAGCUGUAAAUUAAUUAUUAUAGCAGUCAUUGUAUUGUAUGAUUAUUAUUUUGUGUUAAUUUUAAGUUGGGAAAUAGAUGUGGUGACCAAACGGGAUUUUAAACAGUUUUAAGCUUAGACGAAAGAAUAUAUUCAGUGAUAAAUACAUUGCCUUUUUAGAGACUUACAAGGAAAUAUAUCAUUUAGUACCAUCGGCGUAGUACAUGUAAAAUUUGAAUGUUCUGGUAUUAAAAGCGGAAGUAUUCAUA